UGAAAUGAGUUGGCAGCUAGGGGGAUGGUAAUCCCGGAGCGCGGCGUGGGAAGACUUCUGAGCUACAUCAAUUCCACCUCCUUUCAGGGGUCGCCAUUUUCUCUGUGGCGCCGCAGUGGGGAGAGGACGCGAGGCUUCCAGUUCCGCGGGGGCUACACAGGACAGGGCCUGGACUCUGCGUGGCCGGCCGGUAGUGCAGGCCAAGCCCCCGGCACGUGUGUCAAAGGCCUGUCUGGGGCAUCCAGCCCGGGAAGGGGGAGCUUUGUGUCCGCAGCUGCGCGCCGAGUCGGAGAAAGUGGAGCUGCCACCCGCUCUGAGCUUCAGCCUGGCCUCUGAGGGGUACUGAGGAGGGAGCCGGGCUGUGGCUAGCACAAGGCCGGUUAACCGCUUGCCCGUUUCUCCCCGGAAGCCACCUUUCUAGACCUGGAGAAAGGAGCAACCCAAGAGGUCUAGCUGCGGGGAAUCGCAGGGACUACUCACUGGAGCGGCUGUCUGUGUCACGUCCCGGAGCCCGGCGUUGUGAAGCUCCAGGGAUUUGGGCUCAGAUCUGGCGCCUGCCAUUAACCAGGCAACAAUUAAUCUUCGUAGGAUUCAGUGACUCAUCUGUAAAUUGGUAAUACUAACCUUUCGGGUUGUUUUCUGUAUUAAAUAGGGUAGAAUACUUAAAGGCACGCUGUUUUAUUGUUACAAGGUGAUUCCUGAGGCUGCAAGAUAAGGUCUUAUGACUUCUGUUUCCAACUUUCCCUGUGCUAGCUUCAUAGCAUAUCCUUUCCCAAGACCAGUAGAAAAUGAACAAAUUCCAGGGACCAGUAACAUUCAAGGAUGUUAUUGUGGAAUUCACCCAGGAGGAGUGGCAAUUACUGGACACUGCUCAGAGGACUCUGUACAGGGAAGUGAUGCAGGAGAACUAUGGUCACCUAGUCUCAGUGGGUUAUUGUGUGAAUAAGCCAAAUGCACUUUUCAAGUUGAAGCAAGGAAAGGAGCCAUGGAUAUUAGAAGUAGAAUUUCCACAUCAGAAUUACCCUGAUCUAUGGAAUAUUCAUGAUCGAGGAGGAAGAUACCAAAAAAGCCAAGCUGAGAAUUCAAGGACUGGAGAACCCAUGGAUCAGAAAAUUCAUACCAGAGCAAAAAUCUAUACAUGCAAUGAAUGUGGGAAGUUCUACUGCCAGAAGUCUGCUCUAAUAGUACAUCAGCAUACCCAUUCAAAGGAUAAACCCAGUGAGUGUGGGAAAUCUGUCUCUAGGAAUAGAGAUUUCGCAAGACAUGAGAAAACUUACACCAGAGAGAAAACCUAUGCAUGUAAAGAAUGUAAGAAAACUUUCUACUACCUGUCAUCUCUCAGUAGACAUUUGAGGACUCAUGCAGGGGAGAAACCCUAUGAAUGUAAUCAGUGUGAGAAGUCUUUCUACCAGAAACCACACCUCAUAGAACAUCAGAAAACACACACAGGAGAGAAACCGUAUAAAUGUACUGAAUGUGGGAAGUUUUUCUAUGUUAAGGCAUACCUAAUGGUGCAUCAGAAAACACACACGGGGGAGAAACCCUAUGAAUGUAAGGAAUGUGGGAAAUCCUUUUCUCAGAAAUCACACCUUACAGUACAUAAAAGAACACAUACAGGGGAAAAACCCUAUAAAUGCAAGGAAUGUGGGAAAUUCUUUUCUAGAAAUUCACACCUCAAAACUCACCAGAGAACUCACACUGGAGAGAAACCCUAUGAAUGUAGUAAAUGUGGGAAAUGCUUCUAUCAGAAGUCAGCCCUCACAGUACAUCAGCGAACUCACACAGGAGAGAAACCUUUUGAAUGUAAUAAAUGUGGAAAAAACUUUUACUAUAAAUCAGACCUUACUAAACAUCAAAGAAAACACACAGGGGAGAAGCCCUAUGAAUGUCACGAUUGUGGUAAAUCUUUCUCUGUGAAUUCAGUCCUCAGGUUACAUCAAAGGACUCACACCGGAGAGAAACCUUAUGAAUGUAAGGAAUGUGGGAAAUUCUUUUCUCAGAAGUCACAUUUUAUUAUACAUCAGAGAAAACACACAGGGGAGAAACCCUAUGAAUGUCAAGAGUGUAAGAAAAGUUUUAUCCAGAAAUCAGAACUCACUGCACAUCAGAAGACACACACACAGAGGGAAAGACCUUAUAAAUAGUAUGAAUUGGGGAAUUUUGUCUGAAUGCAUCCUUCAGAAUAAUUAGAUAAUUCUUGAAAGACAAAAGCUUAUGAAUAUCAUCAAUGUGGAAAAAUUUAGCCACAAUCUUUCAUCACAGAGAGGAUAUACACAGAGAAAUUCUAUAAGGGUAAAAUUUUUACCGUAUGACAGUGUAGAUGGCAGAAACACUACAAAUGAUAAAGUAUGAGGAAAACUUUCAGAAGUCAUACUUUAUUGUACAAUAUAGAAAUCACACAGGAGAAAAAUCCUGUAAGUAAAAUAAAUGUCAGGAAAUUUUCUGCCAGGGCAGCCAUGAUUAGACAUGAAAAAGCUCACAUGAAUGAGAAACUCCUAUUAGUAUUCUGAUCAUUCAAAAGUCUUUCUGCACUAGUUGGACUCACAUUAGAACACUCAAAGAGGGUAACUGCAAAGAUUGGAACAGAUACAGAAGCCUUUAUCAGAAAUGAUGUUUCAGUGAAUGUCAGAUUAUUGCUAUUGGGAUAGAACCUUUGUGUAUGUGAAAGCUUUUUAAAAGAAAAUUCAAAGAGAAUCUGUACUGAGUCAAAUAGUUAUUCUAGAAGUCAUGUUACAGAGAUCUGAUUGUGAGGUGUUUUUUUAGAAAACUGCAAAUGUUUGGAUAUGUGGAACUUUUGAAAAGUACAAAUAAAUUGAAUAAUUAGUCAACAUCGCUAAUAUGUGGAGACUCCGGUAGUAUGUAGGACUUUUGCAUGUAUGUGACUGUGCUACAGAAUACAGAUUGUGGAUUUUUCAUGUGCAUGUGGAAUCCAUCCACAAUUAUACAUAGGGAUUAUAUAACAUUAGUUCAGUAACUUUUAUGCAUAUUAAGAUAUUACAUAUUAAGCUUCAGCAGUGAUUCCUAUUGUUAAUCUAAUGUGUAUUUAUUGUUUACUUUUUAAAAGAUUUUAUUUAUUUAUUUUUAGAGGGGAAGGGAGGGAGGCAGAGGGAGAGAAACAUCAAUGUGUGGUUGACUCUUGUGCACCCUCCAAACUGGGGACCUGGCCUGCAACCCAGGCAUGUACCCUGCCUGAGAAUCAAAUCAGCAACCCCUUGCUUCACAGGCCAGAACUCAAUCCACUGAGCCAUACCAGCCAUGGCUAUAAUGUGUAUUUAAUGUAAUAUAUUUUUAAUUAUAAUGCAUCUUUUUAUCCUGUUUUCUGUCAUUUUAAAUGGAUAUGUAUGUUGAACUAAUCUUUCAGAAAGAAGUUAAAAAUGUUUUUGUAAAGUUUUCAACUAUCAGCUAAACUUUACAUUAAGGACACAUUUAUUUAUAGGAAAGGCCUGUGUUUAUUUUUAAAACAGCUGAAAAUAGUCUAUAGAAUAAAAACAAUGCUAUUUAAAAAUAUGUUAUCUAUCUUACUGCUGAUGUUUCAGUAGGGUGCAUAGCUGUUUGCAUCUGUAUUUUGCAAGGUAAUCUGAAGUGUUCUCUGCUAACUUUUUUUUCUGGUAGAAGCAACAUGAUAUAUGCUCAUUACAGGAUAUGACACAACCUUUCUAUGCCUCAGUUUUCUUUUUUAGGAGAAGUGAUAAUGAUAUGUUGGGAUUGCCUUGAGGUAUAAAUGAGUUAAUUUUAACACACUUAUAAUGGUGUCUGAUACAUGAAGAGAGCUAUAUGUUAGAUGUUAUCAUCAUUAUAAUUUAUAAUUCUGGAAUUGUUGUGCAAAACAAGAAAAAAGAUUGGCUGCUGAUAUUUACCCCCUAUGUUAUUGCUGUGCUGUUGUUUGAUUUGGUUGCACAUUUUUCCUUGAAUGGGCCCACUGCCCAUGUUUGCCUGAAAAACUAUUUCUAAAUAAUUGAAAAAAUUAACAAAUAUUUUGUAAUGUGAAAAUUAUGUUAUUCAAAUUUCAGUGUCACAUUAAUAAAGUUUUAUUAGAACACUGAUGCAAAAAAAAACAUUCAUUUGUUUUACCCGUAGCUUCUUUCAUGCUAUAAGAACAGGGUUUAGUACUUCUAGCAGAGACCUUAUGACCCACAGAGUCUAAGAUAGUUACUAUCUGGCAUUUUACCAAGUUACACUUUUCUGUUAUGUAGGGCUAAAAACAUCACAAUGACUGUAGAGGUACACUUUUAUACUGUUUUUUUUUUAAAUUUUCAUUGUAUUUUUUCCAUUACCAUUUAGUACUUUUAUACUCCCCCCUCCCACUGCAAUCACUACUCUGCUGUCCAUGUCCAUGAGUCCUUUUUCCUUUUUUUGCUCCAUAUUUGGCAUGUGUUUCAGAAAUGAUGCAUACAUCAAUUUAUGGUUGGGUAGUUUUGUGCUGUAUAUUUCUUUUGUUCAAUUUAUAUGAGAAAUGUUUAAGCAUUGGAAUUUUUUCAAAUGAAUGUAUUUUACUUGAUGACUUUUCAUAACACUAAGAAUUUUCCUUAUGUAGUAUAGCAAUAAAUAUACAAAAUAAACUGUCUAAGUUGAAUCAUUAAUUGAUCCCUCUCCACAGUAUUAAUAUUCCAAAUCAAUGACCAGAUUUCCCUGUAUCAUUUUAAAAUUUUUUCAUUAUCUCAUAGUAAAAUAACAUCUUUAGGUCACAUUAACUAAUGUAACCUAAUAACACACAAAAAAUUCAAUGCCCAACUCCACCACUUACAUUACUAGUAAUCUACAUUAUUAGUAUUAUAUCACUAAUAAAACAUUUGUUGACUGUACUUCAUAUAAUUGUCAAAUGAUGCUCCAAUCUAAAUCCUGCCACCCUACUUCCUCUUGUUACUGAAGAUGACUUUUAAUGAUGUUCAACUUUUUAAGCAUGCUUUAUUCUGAUUUGUCUGAUGUUUAACUUUAGUGAUCACCUAUUAUGAUGAUAUUUAGUGAUUGCUUGUAUCUUAAGAAUAAAAUAUAGUUUAUAUUUAUAUAACUUCUGAAUAUUCUGUGGUUAAAUAUUGUUACCAAUAUUCUACUCAGCUCUGACAUGAGCAUUCCAUCUUGAUAGAGGUUUAAGAGGAACCUUAAUGCCUUUAGUUGUUCUUUGUUUCAACCUGCUGUGAAAGCAAAUACAUGUAUAACUUCCUCAGGCUUCUCAAUCAAAAACUAAAUAAAAAUUAAUUAGUACUUUCCAU